UCUCGUUACAGUUAUCAUAGCAUUUUAUAGAAUACAGAAGGAGAAGAUAAUGUAUGAUCAAAUUCAUGUAUUUCUGUAGAUAGAGUCGAGCACUGCGAAUUUGAGAACUUUCUUCUUUUAUUGAUUCUCAAGCAAUUCUCCGUCAUAAAGCUAAGAUCAUUGGUGAUCCUGCAUUUUUUAUGUGAUGAAUUCACAGAAUGGCUUCAUGAACUAGCAUACAUUCAUGACAGGAAGUUAGAGAGGUUAAUCUUCUGAAAGUUGACAGUUGUUGUCUGCACUGCAUCAAGGGUCAAAAGCAUCUUGGUGGCUGAACGAGUUGAUCUGCAGCAGUAGAAAGUUUUACUGUUAACAUACUUUUCUGAAACUUGUAGUUCUAACUUGGGUAUAUAAUAGUGGUUGGUUUGAGGUCUGAUUAGCGAAAUCCCAAAGGGUGUACUGUCUUAACUCAUGGAGGAAAUUGUUUCACCAUCAUUCCAAAAACAACCAACCUCUGGUCAGAGGUGCUCAUCAAGGUGCUCUUCCAAAGACCUCUGGAUUGCUAUACGAGAAGGUUGUGUUGAUGAUGUAGAUUCAUGUCUUACAUUUCUUAAGAAGAGUGGGGGGAAUCUCAAUGCCAGAAAUCCUUUUGGGCUUACACCUCUCCACAUAGCGACGUGGAGAAAUCAUAUCCCAAUAGUUAACAGACUACUUGCAGCUGGUGCUGACCCUAAUGUUAGGGAUGGAGAAUCAGGAUGGAGUAGCCUUCAUCGAGCACUGCAUUUUGGCCAUCUUGCAGCUGCUAGUGUCCUUCUCCAGUCUGGUGCAUCUAUAACCGUGGAAGACUCAAAAUCUAGAACACCUAUUGAUCUAUUAUCAGGACCUAUUGAGAAAGACAGUUCAGGGGUUACAGAAGUGUUUAGCUGGGGCAGUGGAGUGAAUUAUCAAUUGGGAACUGGAAAUGCCCACAUUCAGAAGUUACCCUGCAAAGUUGAUUCCCUUCACGGCUCUGUUGUUAAACUCAUUUCUGCAGCAAAGUUUCACAGCAUUGCUGUUACUUCCCGUGGAGAGGUCUAUACUUGGGGAUUUGGAAGGGGUGGCCGUCUUGGCCACCCUGAGUUCGAUAUACACAGUGGUCAAGCUGCUGUUAUUACUCCAAGGCAAGUAAUUUCUGGUUUAGGGGCACGCCAUGUCAAGGCUGUUGCUGCAGCCAAGCAUCACACUGUUGUCGCAACAGAGGCUGGAGAAGUUUUUACUUGGGGUUCUAAUAGAGAGGGUCAACUUGGGUAUACUUCUGUUGAUACUCAACCAACACCUCGGAGAGUCAGUUCUCUAAAGUCGAGAGUAGUUGCGGUAGCUGCUGCAAACAAACAUACUGCUGCUGUCACCGACAUUGGUGAAGUUUAUACUUGGGGCUGUAAUAAAGAGGGUCAGCUUGGUUAUGGUACCUCCAACUCAGCUUCUAACUAUGCUCCAAGAGUUGUUGAAUAUUUGAAGGGAAAAACUUUCGCUCAGGUUGCUGCAGCUAAGUAUCACACCAUUGUAUUGGGAUCAGAUGGGGAGGUUUUUACUUGGGGCCACCGUUUGGUUACUCCCAAACGUGUUAUUAUUGCCAGAAACGCAAAAAAAGUUGGGAGCACUCCUAUGAAGUUUCACCGUAAACAUGUUGUGGCCAUUGCUGCUGGGACAAAGCAUAGUGUGGCACUGGCAGAUGAUGGAGCUUUGUUUUAUUGGGUGUCAUCAGAUCAUGAUCUUAAGUGUCUGCAGUUAUAUUCACUAUGUGGGAGAGACCUUGUCAGUAUCUCUGCUGGGAAGUACUGGAUUGCUGCAGUCACUGUUACAGGUGAUGUUUACUUGUGGGAUGCAAAGGAAGAAAAAGAUAGACCUCCUUCAUUGACCCGGUUGCAUGGGGUGAAAAAAGCUACUUCUGUAUCUGUUGGAGAGACCCAUUUAUUAAUUAUAAGUUCUCUGUACCAACCUGCUUAUCUGCCUCAUGCCAGUAUGAAUAAUCCUCAAAAGCUCAAGCCACAGAUAAAGUGUGAAACAUAUGAGCUUGAUGAAGGUUUUAUGUUUGAUGAUGAUAUCGAGACAGAUGAAGUCUGGUCUCCUGUGAAAAAGGAGGAUCAAGAAACUAAGAGUGUGCCAAGCUUAAAGAGUCUCUGUGAGAAAUUGGCAGCAGAUUAUCUGGUGGAGCCACGGACAGCCAUCCAAUUGCUGGAAAUUUCUGACUCCUUAGGGGCAGAUGAUUUGAGGAACUAUUGUGAGGAUAUUGCUAUUCGCAACCUUGAUUACAUCCUUACUGUCUCUGGACAAGCAAUCGCCAAUACUUCAUUGGAUAUCCUUGUCAGGCUGGAAAAGUUAUUGGACUUGAAAUCAUCUGAACCGUGGAGUUCCCGUCGGUUUCCAACCCCCACAGCACCCUUUCCGGCCAUUUUAAACAGUGAAGAAGAGACCAGUGAUGAUGAGUCACUUAGAGCACGUGAAUGCAGUAAGAAGAAGGCAGCAAUUUCUAGAGGACAGGGAGGUAGACUUUUAGACAACUUUAUGCAGUCCUGUGUGGACAAGGAGGUCAUUUCAAAACAGGUCCGAGCUGUGAGGAAAAAGCUGCAACAGAUUGAGAUGCUUGAAGAGAAGCAGUCCAAGGGGAAGGCCCUUGAUGCCCAGCAACUCGCUAAGCUACAAACAAAGUUAGCUUUGGAGCACUCACUUUCUGAGCUUGGCGUUCCUGUAACCAUUUCUGUCAAUGGAAAACCAACUACUACUUCUAAAGAGCUGGAGACAUCCAAAAGGCAGCGGAGAAAAAACAAACAAAACCCUUCCCAGUUGGAGGUCAAGGAUAGUGGCUGUGAAACCAUUGCUGAACCACCACCAUUAAGUCUUGAAAAGGGUUGCACGGUCUUUAGCAUCUCACCAACCGAUUACAAGGAGGUCAAGCAUUUGGAGGCGGAAGCUGCAUUGAAACAGGAUUCAAAUGAAUCUCCUUCCUCUAAAAAAAAGGAAGGCCUUGGUUGCUCCCCGAAAAGCACAAAAUCAUCACCUACGCUGAAUAAGAAGAAGAAUAGAAAAGGUGGACUCUCUCUGUUCUUGAGCGGCGGUCUUGAUAAACUUCCAAAAUUUGAGGAGGUUCCACCGCCUCCACCAGUAUCUCCAAAAGUUGAAGUCCCAGCUUGGGGAGGUGCAAAGAUGGGUAAAGGGUCGUCUACAUCUCUUCGUGAGAUACAGAAUGAACAGAACAAAGUAAAGGAAACAAAACAUGUUAAUAAUAAGAAGAGCAGCGGCCAAGGGUGGCAGUUGGCAGAAUCGCCUGAUGGCAUCAAUAGUGGUGGGAGGAUACAAUUAAGUGCAUUUUUAUCAUCUGCUUCAGUACCUGUUGAUACUUAUCCACGAACAACAACACAGGUGGUGUCACCUGAUGCAGAAAGAAACAGCACUCCUCCCUGGGCUGCCGCCGCCACCUCUGCUGGGACCUCAUCUCUUUCACGUCCCUCUCUUAAGGACAUUCAAUCUCAGCAGCAGGGAAGGAGGCACCACAACCACAAGGGCCUAUCUCAAAGCCCAAAGGUGAAAACUGCAGGAUUCUCCGUUACACCGAGUGGCGGACAGGGCUCGCCGUCGGACUCCAGCAGCAGUGGUCUGAACCGCUGGUUCAAACCAGAAGUUGAGACACCUUCAUCUAUCCAUUCAAUUCAGAUAGAGGAAAGGGCAAUAAAGGACCUAAAGCGCUUCUAUAGCAGUGUUAAGGUUGUCAUGAAGAACCAAUAGUCAUUAGAAGAAAAUAACUCCAUAACCAUGAAUGUGAUGGUUGUUUCUAGAUAGGUUCCCUUUUAACUUAUUAUGUUGAGCAAACCAGUGUAUAUUUGUCUGUACAUAUACCCCCCGACCCCGGUGCUUCAGACAGCAAUUUUAGUUUCAAGGCACGGUAGCUGGCCUAGAUUUCAUUUUUACAUUCUUCCUCCAUUAAUUGCUCUCGUUAGUGUUCCAGCCCUUUAACAACAUUUUUCAAUAAGGAGAUGUUUAUGUACCAUGUUUUAAGUACUUACUCCGUCAGAUUCUGUCCAGGUGAACUCGUGAAUUAGUGAUGAAUAAAUAUGGAUUUCACUCUGAUUUGUAUCUUUUGGAGCAUCAAGGUUUGAUUAGAAAUUGAC